UUGACAAUAAAAUCUGGAAAAACUUUGACUCAAAUCCAACUGAAAAACAAAUUAUUGUAAAUUGUGCGAAAUUGUUUUUAAAUAUAAAUAAUAUUAACAAAAUCUUGAUGAAACAUGGCCGAUAUAGAUUUGUCGCCAGAAAACGUUCAAGCAUUGUGUCGAUUAUGCUUGAAAAAUGAUGAUUUUUUUGUGGAUAUAUUUCAUGGAUUGGAUGGGAAGUCUGAUAAAGAGCCAUUGCCUGAAAGAAUUUAUGAACUUUACGCGGUAAAAGUCGAGGAAACCGAUGGGUUGCCAAAAAAUAUUUGCCAUCGAUGUUUGUAUCUUACUGAAUCCUUCACUUCGUUUCGAUUAAACGUCAAGAACUGCGAAGAACAAUUAAAAGCCUUUUCGGAGUCUAUGAAGACCAUAUCUAAUGAAGCUCAAGGAGAAACUUUAUUAAAACAAGAAACAUUUGAUAACCGCUACGAAGGUCUAAAUGGUUUUCAUGGCUUUGUACCAGAUAAAAAUUGCGAAAUAACAGUUGUUGACCCAAACCAGGAAUGUGAAAGUUCUGAUGAUUGUUUUUCAAUGGAAGAUUCUGACACUGAUUUUCCUAGCCCAACAAAAAAGGCAAUCAAUGGAUUGCUUUCAAAACAAGAAUCUGGCAACGAUACUACUUCAAAAUCUGAAAAUACUACCCUACCUGCUCAGCAAAAUUAUGGCGAUAUCACAAAUGAACCCAAAAAUACUUUCCUCUGUCAGUACUGUGAUAUGGCUUUUACCACCCAAAUGAAUUGCGAUGAACAUGAAUCACGUCACGAUGCAGCAAAUCCAUUCAUAUGUAAUUUUUGUCCGUUUCGAACCGUCAAUCGACAGGUUCUUAUUCACCACAUCAAAGAGUCCCACGAUAACGAUCGUCCGUUUGUUUGUACUCUAUGCAAUAAAGGUUUUUGUCGUCGUUCUGAUUUAAAAAAACAUACAAUAGUUCACACCGGAGUGCGACCGUUUUCUUGUCCAGUUUGUUCAAAAAGUUUCUCUCGCAACACAAAUCUUACAAAGCAUAUGCGAAUCCAUAGUGGUAUUAAACCGCACGUCUGUCAAAAGUGUCCAAGAUCGUUUACAACUUAUGCAGAUCUCAUCCGCCAUCAACGUGCUCACACCGAAAUAAAACCUCAUAAAUGCACGAAAUGUACAGCAUCAUUUACAAGAAAAGAUAAGUUACAAAAACAUUAUCUUUCGCAUUUGAGGAAAGAAUCUGAAUCGGUUCUUUAUGAUAAAGAAUGUAUCAAAUCCACACAAGAAAUCAGUGCACAAAAUCCAAUAAAUGAAAUCAAUCACAAAUCUUCUACCAUAGUUACAGAUAAUCAGCCUCCGGCAAUACCAGUUUCCAAUUUUGGAAAUAGUUUGUUAACUGCUCAACUCCAAAAGCCACAGGCUAAAAUGCAAAUUCGAACAGGAGCCACUCCAUUUGAAUUCAAACCCAACGUAAAAGUGCACAUUUGCAAUAUUUGUUCCAGGACCUUUACAAGGAAAAGAGAAUUUCAACGUCAUCAGGCACUUCAUUUGGAUUGCUUGUAUAAAUGCAAGCAAUGUGACAAAAAUUUUAAUCGUAGAGAUAAACUUUUACGUCACGAGAGAAUUCAUCAUGCAGAGCAAUAUAACUGCAAUCAGUGCAACAUGAGUUAUAGUAAAUUAGAAGCACUUCAGAUGCAUGUUAAGGUCCACGACUUGCACAACAAUUUUUCGCCGAAAGUUGAUAGUGGUCCCCAUAUUUUUAAUAAUUAUCCCAAACAAACUCCUAUGGCCUUAGGUUUCUACAGUGAAAUUAAGCCAGAAGAAUAAGCGAGCCUUGUUCAGUGGCUUGAUGUUUUGUUAUUAUUUUAAUUGUAUCUUUCUUUUCUUGUGCUAAAUUUACCAGUAACUGAUAAAUUCAAGAAUAUUGAUUACAACUUAUUUCCUUAAAAUAAAUACAUUAAAAUUUUUAA